AUGUUCAUCUAUGUCGAACAUGGAGAUAAUCAGCAGUUUCUGGCCAAUACUAAUUGUUCUGUCCUCCUGUUGCUGCAAUAUGUCCGUCAUGAAGUGGGGGUGCCUAAAACAGACAUCAUCGAUUUGUGUGAUGCAAUGGGGACAAUGCAGAUGUUUUUCCUGAAGAAGACCCUUGGAGACUAUGCCAACAAAUUCCUUACAGCUCGAGACACCUACUACGUUUGCAGGGUGGAGUAUGGGUUAGCAGGAACUGUACUUCAGAAUGUCUACAGAGCUUUUGUGCCCCUCCUGAAGAACCCAGAUCCCAAGCUAAUUGAUGCCUUGCAUACACAAUGUGACCUCCUGCGGAGGGGUCAAAUAAAAAUGCUUAGAAGACAAGAAGCCAAGAAACGUGCUCGAACUGAAUCCUCAAUGAAUUUCCAGUCCAAAUCAUCAGGACGCUCAGAUGGAGGAGGGACCACUCGCAGUGGUCCACCCGUUAAGACCAAAGCGAACUUAACUCGUAGUAGGGAUAAAGGUCGCCAGCAAAAUAAAGUGACCAACUGA